AUGAUAAUAAGGACUGUGAUACAUAACCGUGUAACGAUAUCAACCAUAAUUUCACGAAAACAAGGGGUACGCCUAAUCUCAAAUACUUGGAAACCACAAAUGACAUUUGAGGGUAAUACCCAAGGAAUCGCAGCUUCAGAUGAAGAGAGAAUGAAAUCAGUAUUUGGUGGGAGAAUAAAGGGGGAGCCCCCCAGAUCAACAAGUCGAAUUCUUACUGGAGGAAUAAAGACCAUUGCUGGAGUUAAUGUGCCUGGUAGACCUUUAGAACCUGAUAAUUGCUGCAUGUCCGGUUGUGUUAAUUGCGUUUGGGAGAUAUAUAAUGAAGAUAUUAGGGAUUGGAAGGAGAAACGUAAAAUUGCUGCUGAUAAGAUAAAAGGCACCAAUGAAAUUUGGCCCGCUGAUUGGAAUCCACCCUUGGCAUUAUUAGAACUACAAAAUAUUCCUGAAUCUCUGCAUGAUAUCAAGAUCAAAUACGAGCUGCAGAAUCAAACUGAAGCUAAAAAAAUAAUAUCCAAAAAGGAAACUUCUCAUCUUUUCCCGAAGAGAACUACACCGUUACCGAAAUCUGUCAUUGAAGCCAAGGAUAAACAUCGUUUGAGAGCUUUGACAAAAGAGGAAAAUAAGCGCUUUCAGGAGAUUGAGGAUGAUAAGGAAGGCUGGGGUAGUGUUCCCGUGUAUAUUAAGGCAUUUGCUCAAUUUGAAAGUAUGCAACGGCAGAAGAAAUUAAAGAAGGCUCAGCUAUCAAAAGAAAAGAAGGCUUUCUCCAAAAUACAAAGCAUUAAAUAUUAG